AUGCAAGGGCUUAAGACAUUAGAAAAUUUACAAAAAAAAGCACUAGAGGCUGGUGGUGUCAAUAAAAUUGAAAAACAACAUGAAAAAGGGAAGUUAACUGCCAGAGAAAGACUUCAUGUAUUGCUCGAUAAAAAUUCAUUUGAAGAAUACGACAAAUUUGUACAGCACCGCGUUACUGAUUUCGGUAUGCAGAAUAACAAUUUCCUUGGUGACGGUGUUGUCAUUGGUCAUGGCACUAUCUUUGGUAGAAAAGUUUUCGUUUACUCUCAAGAUUUUACCAUUUUUGGUGGUUCACUCGGAGCAUCGCAUGCAAAAAAAAUAUGUAAAAUCAUGGAUAUGGCCAUUAAUGCCAAAAUCCCUAUUAUUGGGUUGAAUGAUUCUGGAGGCGCAAGAAUUCAAGAAGGAGUGAACGCACUUGCAGGGUAUGGAGAAAUUUUUCAAAGAAACGUUGAUGCAUCAGGAGUGAUACCCCAAAUUUCCUUGAUUAUGGGACCAUGUGCAGGAGGAGCAGUUUAUUCUCCAGCGCUAACGGACUUUACAUUUAUGGUGAAGAAUACUUCUUAUAUGUUCAUUACCGGUCCUGAUAUAGUAAAGAAAGUUACCUACGAAGAUGUUGAUCACGAGAGUCUUGGUGGGGCUAAAGUACAUACAAGUAAGACGGGAGCAGCAGAUUUCGCAUUCAAUAAUGAUAUUGAGAUGUUAUUAAAAGUACGUGAGUUUUUUACUUUCCUACCGCCAAACAAUCAAGAACCUCCUAAACCUGUACUAAGUUAUGAUUUAUAUAGCGAUGUUGAUGAAUCUUUAAAUACUCUAGUUCCUGUCAAUCCAAAUACUCCCUAUGAUAUGUAUGAACUUGUUAAAAAGAUUUGUGACGAAAGAAAAUUUUUUGAAUUAAAGCCAGACUUUGCCCGCAAUAUAAUAACUGGUUUCGGCAGAAUUGCUGGAAACACGGUCGGUAUCGUUGCAAAUCAACCUAUGCACCUUGCAGGAUGUUUAGAUAUUGAUUCUUCAAGAAAGGCUGCAAGAUUUGUCAGGUUUUGUGAUGCAUUCAACAUUCCAAUUAUCACCUUAAUUGACGUUCCAGGGUUUCUACCCGGUACAAGCCAAGAGUACAAUAAUAUAAUACAACAUGGAGCAAAAUUACUCUAUGCUUAUGCUGAAGCAACUGUGCCAAAAAUUAGUUUAAUCACCAAAAAAGCAUAUGGUGGUGCAUAUAUUGUCAUGAACUCAAAACAUCUACGAGGAGAUAUAAAUUAUGCUUGGCCAACUGCUGAAAUCGCAGUCAUGGGUCCUGAAAGCGCAGUUGAGAUUAUAUUUCGACAUGAGCAAGACAAACAAGCAUGUAUUCAAGAGUAUAAGGAAAAAUUUGCUAACCCGUUUUUUGCUGCAUCGCAUGGGUACAUUGAUGAUAUAAUACUACCAAGCAAGACUAGGUAUUACUUCCGUAAGGCAUUAAAGCUAUUGAAAAAUAAAAAAGUAGAUAGAUUGUGGAAAAAGCAUGGUAAUUUGCCACUAUAG